AGGGUGCGGGCGGGGAGAGGGUAGCCUUGCGUUCCCCGCCCCCCAGUGUUGUCCGGGGAGGGGAGGAGAAAAGAGGAGGAGGAGGGCAGAGGAAGGCUCACAGCCCCGGGGAGGUGGGGCUGGGGCAGGUGCCAAGGGGAAGGCAGGAAGGGGCGGGCAGGGCGCUGCCCCGUUGCUCGCCAUUGGGAGGCAGCGGAGGAACCGCAGAGAGCUCCGGGCAUCCCGCACUGAGAGACCCGUGGUGCGCUUCGCUCCCGGGUGAAAGCUGGGGUUGAGCUCCUGUGCGUGGCUGUGGGGAGACGGAAAACUCCGUCGGGAGUGGGCGGUCGCAGAGCGGGACCCCAGCAGAGGUUCGGCGGAGUUGGGCUGAAGUCCGCGAUAAGGCAACGUCGGAGGUUCUUCGGAGUCGGGCUGCAUCUUGGAACAGAGCUUCUAAGAACCGUUUCGUCGGAGUUGGGGCUGAAGUCUGCAGCAGAAUCCCGUUGGACGUUACUCGGUGCCGGGCUGAAGUCGGCGACAAAGCCCCACAGGAGGAGAUUUCCCGGUGUUGAGCAGAAGCGAAACACCGUCGGAGCUCCGCUGGAAUUUGGCUGAAGUCAGCGACAGAACCCUAUCAGAGGUAGCCGGAGUUGGUCUGAAACAAAACUCCAUCGGAGUUUCCCCGGAAUUGGGCUGAAUCCUGGAGCGGAGUCCCCAGGAACGGUUCCAUCGGAGGUUUUCCCCGGAGUUGGGUUGAAGCAAAACCCCGCUGGAGGUUUCCCGGAGUUGAGUUGAAGAGAGCAACAAAACUCCGUCAGAGGAUCCCCGGAGCUGGACUGAAGUCGGUGACAAAGACCCGCUGGAGGUACUCGGAGUUGAGUUGAAGCAGAACCCCAUCGGAAAUUCCCAGGAGCCGGAGCUGAAGCCGUUGGCAAAACCCCAUUGGAAGUUCUCUGGAUUUUGGCUGCAUCCCGGAGCCGAGUCCCUGAGCACUGUCCUGUCAGAAGCGCAGUGAAGCCCUCAUCGGAGCCUGAAAGGACAAGGGGGGGGGGGGGAACCCAAAGAUUUCCACCUCGGACAGCCCGACCUCACCCCAUUGCGGAGCCUCAGCGGAGGUUCCCUGCUCCCAGCCCCGCUGCAAGCGGCGGGGAACCUUUUCCCCCUCCAUGGACUGAGAUGGCCUCGGAGUUGGCCAUGACCGCGGAGCUGCCCACCAGCCCCCUCGCCAUCGAAUACGUCAACGAUUUUGACCUGAUGAAGUUUGAGGUGAAGAAAGAGCCGGCGGAGGCCGAGAGGCUGUGCCACCGCUUGCCUGCUGGUUCUCUUUCUUCCACCCCUCUCAGCACCCCGUGCUCCUCCGUGCCUUCCUCGCCCAGUUUUUGCGCUCCCAGCCCCGGUGGGCAACCGAGUGCUGGUCCCACUGCCGCUCCCCUGGGCUCCAAACCGCAGCUGGAGGAGCUGUAUUGGAUGUCGGGCUACCAACACCACCUCAACCCCGAAGCGCUCAACUUGACCCCGGAGGAUGCUGUGGAGGCUUUGAUCGGCGCUCCGCACCACCAUCAUCAUCACCAUCAGAGCUAUGAGUCGUUCCGGCCUCAGCCCUUUGGGGGUGAGGAGCUGCCCCCGGCAGCCCACCACCACAACGCCCACCACCACCAUCACCACCACCACCUGCGCUUGGAGGAGAGGUUUUCCGACGACCAGUUGGUGAGUAUGUCGGUGCGGGAGCUCAACCGGCAGCUGCGGGGAUUCAGCAAGGAGGAGGUGAUUCGCCUCAAGCAGAAGAGGAGGACCUUGAAGAACCGCGGCUACGCGCAGUCCUGUCGCUACAAGCGGGUCCAGCAGAGGCACAUCCUGGAGAACGAGAAGUGUCAGCUCCAGAGCCAAGUGGAACAACUCAAGCAAGAAGUUUCCCGUUUGGCCAAGGAGCGGGAUCUGUACAAAGAGAAGUACGAGAAGUUGGCGGCGCGGGGCUUCCCCCGGGAGCCAUCACCUCCCGCAGCCCCAAAAACUACCGCCGCUGACUUCUUCAUGUGAGCCCGGGGUGGGGUGAAGCGGGGGGGUGACAUUGCAAUGCCCCUUUAUUCCUUCCCCCCCCCCCUCGAUGUGGGGAGAGCAAACGAUCUGCUUGUAUAAAAAUAUAUAUAUAUUAUUUUCUUCUGAAAAGUUGUUCCGAAAAUGCGGGGAAAAUGGGACCCCUCCCCCCCCUCCCCAGCCCCAUCAGGACUUAGACUGGAAAGGGGGGGGGGGGGGUCCUGGGGAGGGGGACGCAUCCCAUAGACCUCCCUGUGUGGGGAGAGGGGGACGUGUCCUAUAGACCUCUUAUCCAGGGAGAGCAAACAAUCUGCUACUGUAUUGUAAUAAAUAUUUUCUUCAGAACAAAUGGGGGAAAUGGGACCCCCCCUCCCCAACCCCAUCAGGACUCGAGCUGGAAAGGGGGGGGUCCAGGGGAGGGGGGUCAUCCUAUAGACCCCUUAUAUGGGAAGAGGAAACAAUCUGCUUGUAUUAAAACAACAACAAAAAAAAAAAACAAGUAUUUUCUUCCGAAAAUACGGGGGAAUGGGAUCCCAACCACCCCCCCACCCCCCAUAAGGACUUGGACUGAAUCAAAGAGGGGUCCUGGGAGGGGAGGGGGCGGAAAGGCAGCGGACGUGGAGCCAGCCUGCAUGCGGGACGUGUACGGCGUGCCGCCCCCGGAGCUCUAUCGCCCUCCACCCUGCGUGUUUAACCCCCUCCUUUAAUGACCAUUAAUUAUUAUAAUGAAUUAAUUUCGGGGUGUCCCCGUGCAUUGCCCUGGGAGGGGGUUGGAGGGGAGGUCUGGCAGCGCUGUGCCCUGCCCGGCCCUCCGCCACCUGCACCCCAACCUGAGCCACUCUUUAACUUAUUCACCCUCCUCCCCCCCCCCUCCCUUGUACAUAUGUAGAAAUUAGUUUAGUUUUUAGGGUUUUUUUUUUUUUUCUGCUUUUUUGUUUGUUUGUUUGUUUGUUUUCUUCCUGAGCCUAUAUUUUGCUUGGUGAUUUAUGAAGAAAAAAAAAGAAAAAAAAAGACAAAAUCCUUAAAAAAAAAAAAAAAAAAAAGAAAAAAAAACAAAAACAAAAACACGAGUCUUAAAAGUUUGUAUGUAAUAGCAUGCAAAUAAUAUCCAAGUUAAUUUAAAUGAUGUUGGGAAGAAGCCGAAUGCACUAUAUACAGGAAUCGAUUGGGUUAAAUAAUACUGUUUUAUAGAGAUUUAAAAUUAUCUAUGCUCUUAAAAAUAAAAAAAAAAAAUAGGGGGGGAGGGAGAGGGGGGAGAUAACAAUUAGGGCGACCUGAAAGGCAAUAGAGUAAUAUAUGAACUGCGAACGGUUGGCUGCUAUCUCACUAUGCACCAGAUUUAUUUAUUAACCCUCUGGGAAAGGAAUUAUUUUAACCUCGGCGCUGACAAAAGGAGAGGAAAAUGCACAUUAUUUCUCUGCCCCCCCAAAAAAAAAGGAAAAAAGAGAGGGAUGGGAGGGGGGAAAUAAGUAGAGUUUGUGCAAUUGUGCUCGGAGAGGAAGCGGAGGAGCGGUUUGUUGGGUUGUUUUGUUGUUGGUUUUUUUUUUAAUGUUGCUUAUUUAAAGAAGGAAAACACACACACACAUACACACAAAAUGUUAAUUAUUUGGGGAAAACUGAUAUUAAUCACGGGGGAGGGGGGGAACCCACGAGGGUCUUCCGACGAAGCGAGCUUUGGUGCAUUUUAGGGACUGAUGGUGCGGAGCGUUUUUAACGACCUGUUGUUUCGAUUUGUGACGGUUUUAACGAUGUUGCAUCAAGAUAAAAAACUUAUAUUCAACUAAA